AUGACAUUAGUAUUAGCUCCCUAUAAUGAUUCUAUGCGGCUGGGUCAGGGGUUCAACUCCUACACUCACGAACUCUGCAUAGACAAUGCCGUCACGUAUGAUCAGAAGGAAGUCAAGAGUGAGGUGUCGCCCGCCCAGACCGUCUCUUACUACUCUCGAAGAAUCAAGAAGCUCAGUGACAUUGUUGACUCACUGAAUAUAUCACCCAGCAAUGCUAUCAAGCAGGGCACUAUCGAAGUCAAUGGCGACUCCAGCAUGGUGGACGAGAACACUAUCAAAGACUCCGAUAUUACCUUUGUCGUAUCAGUCAAGGUUGAUAAUGGCGGCAUUCACUUGGUCACAAAUCAAACCACCAUUCUCAACGAUACCUAUUCAUUCCAGAAAUUGGGCAAGAUAGAGCCCGGCUCGGACUUAUUCAACCAGGUCUAUGGAGACUCUUUCAUUUCCGGUAAACAAGCGGAGACGGAAUGGGAUAUUGAUACCUUGUGCGCUGCUGCUGCUGCAUUCCCCGCGAGAGUGGCGGAAUGUCCUCAACGAACAUGGGCGAUACUCACCAAAUACAAGGCCAAUAGGAAGUUCAUCGAGGCUUUCGAUUUUUCGGUUGACAAAGUCUUACAAUACGACCAAAUUAGUGCUUUUACCUCUGCAUUGUUUGACGACUUCAUGGACUAUAAAGUGCUGCUCCGGACUCUACAGAAUAUCAUCGUCAAUAAAGACUCCUAUCAGAUCAAGGAUGUCGACCUUGCCAUCGGACCAUAUCUCCCUAUCUUGCUUGAUGUAAAGUCAGCACUCAGAAAUGAGCAGUCCAAAAUCGUUGAAGCUGUUGCUGUCCUUAGUAAAGACCCUGAUAUUCUCAAGCGUCAAGCUAGCGACGUAUACCACUAUGGCAGCGAAGUAGUUGAACAGAUCCUCGAAGCUGCACUCCGAAACCGGGCGGGUACGCAAGUCCCUGUACCUGAAAACCCUUCUGCCAAGAAGAAUACCGGCAGUUCAGAUGGCUCGGAUCAUUCUGAAGUGGUUCUAGUCGACAAACCUACAUCAUCGGAUAAACGCCCAGGCGCCCCUGUCAAGACUUCAGCCACACCAGAGGGUUUCGACUUCGAGUCACUAGUGCCACCGGAAAUAUGGGGUAAUCUUUUGCCUGAGUUGAAAAAAGAUGCCGUCCCAAAUCCUCUACUCAAUGUCGGACUAAAUGGAUCUACGGCGCCAACUGUACUGGGACCUCCUGCGCAGUCCGGUAGUAUGUCCCAGACCAUCGAUACUCUGACUCUUCAGUUGGAGGAGCAGAAGAAAGCCACACAAAAGGCUGAAGCCGACACCGAAGCAGCGAAUGCAAAAGCCAAAACCGAUGCCGAUGCAGCACAAAAGACGAUCUCGGACCUGAAUAAGGAUCUUGCAGAUCAGAAAGCCCAAGUGGCAGAUCGAAAAACCCAAUUGGACACGGCUAAUACGGAACUUUCUGGUUAUAAAGACCUUGCUGGGAGAGAGGUAGACUUAGCCAACAAACUUCAAGAAAUAGUAAAUGGGGUAAUUUACAGCGCUGCCUUCCGCAGAGACAGAGUCGAGAUUUUUGAGGUCGUAUAUGGAGGACUGUCGCUCCGUACAUACCAUGAUGUGGGUGACCGACUCCUCGACUUUGCGAAUAACAAAACCCAAUUCAUUUUGACUGGUGGAGCUACUGGAGUCUUUCAACCCCACGACCCGCUGGUGAACGUAGUCAAGUCAAGUACUAUUGUCUAUCGCUACGACGGCAAAGGCCCGCUGAAGUAUUUGUCCGGUACCGAACGCGGCAACGCAGUCAGCUUUGAUCCUUUUCCAUGA